AUGGCUGCCCCGCCAGGACCACCUCCACAACCACCGAAACCGCGACGACGCGGAGACUCCGACUCCGAGUCGGAGGCCGAGUCCGAGGGCGGCGGCUUCGGCUUCGGCGCCGCACUGCGCAACGAGCAGCGCGAGCUGCUCGCGCGGACCCUGCGCCUCGAGGCCGCCGUGUCGGCCCACGCCGCCGACGACCAGCUGCGGGCGAAGCGGGCCGUCGCCGACGCGGCCUGGCGCCACGAGUGGAAGCGCGCGCGGGCCGGCUACGGGUCCGCGGUGUCCCAGGGCGGCGGCGGCGGCGCGCGCGCGUCGCUCCUCGGCGCCAGGGCGUCGCUCGAGAGCGCGCGCCAGCCCCUGCUGAAGCGCGAGGCGCUGGCCCUCGGCGCGCGCGCCGCGGCCGUCGCGACGUCGCUGCGGUCCAAGCCCGCGCCUCCCGGCUGCGCGGCGCUCGCGGAACGCGCCGCGGCGCUCGGCGACCGCGUCGGCGGCGUCGUCGCCAAGCUCCGGGCCGUCGUCGACGCGCCGCCGGAGGCGCGGCCCGCCGCGCGCGUCGACGUCGCCGCGGCGACGCUCGACCUCGUCCUCGCCGCGGCGCCCGAGGGCGACCCGCCGGCCGAUGGCCCGCCGCCGACCGCCGCCGCGCGAAAGGGCGCGCUCACCGUCGCGGCGGCGACGCACCGCCUCGGCGCCGCGUUGUUGGGUGUGGACGACCACGACGCCGCCGAGGCGCGGCUCGCGGAGGCGCGGCGGCUGCGCGUGGCGGCCGCGGGCGACGAGUGCGACGCCGUCGUCGAGAGCGACCUCUGGCUCGCCAGGGCCGCGGCGGCCCGGGAGCGCUGGAGCGCGUGCUUCCGGCGCGCGGCGCGGUCCUACCAGGCCGCGCGCCACCUCGAGGCCAACGCCCGGGGCGACGACGCGCGGCGGGCCCAGGCGCUCCGGGUCGCCGCGGUGCGCGCCGCGCAGCUCGUCGAGGCCGCGCGGCGCGAGCUCGAGGGGCGCCUCGCGGCCAAGGUGGGCGGCGACGGCGACGCGGCGGACCCCAUCCGCGCGUUCACGACCUUCGAGGUGCGGGACGCGCUCGCGGCACCGGGCUGCAGCCUGGACGAGUCGCAGCGCGCGGCGGUGCUCAAGACGGCGCUCGACUACGGCUGGCUCGCGUCGACGGCCGUGUCGGGCGCCGUCGAGGCGUCCCUCGCCCACCGGGGGCGCAAGGAGAAGGCGGCGCACCAGGUCCACAACGUGCGGCGGCGCCUGGAAACCGCCGCGGACAACGUGCGGCGCGUCGCGCACGGCGCGGACGGCCCGUCGACGGCCGCCAUCGUCGUCGACGACUCCGAGAGCGAGGAGGAGGCGACGCCGACGCCGGGCGCGCCGCGGCCGCCGUCCCUCCCGCGGCCGCCGGCGGCGCCGAAGCCGCCCGCGACGCCCCGGCCGCCCGCGGCGCCGCGGCCGCCCGCGGGCGGCCCGCCGCCGGAGCCCGCGGCGCCGCCGGCGCCCGCGGCGCCCGCGGACCCGCGGUCCCCGGAGCAGAAGGUCUGGGACGAGGCCAUGGAGCAGCUGCCGCCCCUCGAUUCGGAGCAGACCAUGUACGACUUCGCGCGCGGCUACGCCGAGGCCGCGCGCGCGCGCAUGUUCCUCGCGCACUGCUACGGCGCCGAGGCCGCGCGCCAGCGCGGCGACGCCCGGGCGGCGACGGCGGCCAUCGACUGCAUCAAGCGCAUGUUCCACUUCGACCCGAAGCGCGACCGCGCGGGGGAGGAGGGCGGCCACGGCCACGACGGCCACGGCGGCGGCCGCGGCGACGGCACGGAGCGCCACAAGGCGAGAGGCGCGAAGCGGGCGCGCGGCGGCAUCGGCGCGGGCGCGGGUGGUGCUGGGGGCGACGGCAGUGGCGUCGAGGCGGACCUGCAGCGCGCGCGGCGCAACUGGGCCCUGGCCGCGGCCCAGGGCCACGAGGCCGCGCGCGAGGCGCUCGGCGACACGGGCGGCGGCGCGGACAUCGCCGACGCGCUCGCCGCGGGCCUCGGCGGCGGCGGCGGCGGCUCCGGGAGCGAGUCCGGCGACGGCGACGGCGAGGACGGCGACGGCGAGGACGAGGGCGACGGCGGCGGCGGCGCGGGCGGCGGCGGCGACGCGGGCCCCGCGGUCGGCGCCGGGAGCGCGGGCCGCGGCGAGGGCGCCGGCGGCGCCGCGCCCGCGGCCGCGACCCAGGACGGCCUCCUCUACCACCUCGACAACCCGGCGCACCGCCGCGUGAAGCCCGUCUUCAUGACGGGCGCGGAGCUCUGGAAGCUCUUCCGGCCGAAGGCGCUCGCCGCGGGCCUCUUCCCCAUGCUGUUCAAGCACGCGGGCCGCCGCCGCGCGGAGGAGGCGGAGCGCCAGCGCCUCGAGGAGGAGAAGCGCAAAAAAGAGGCGGAGGAACGGGCCAAGGCCGCGGCGGCGGGCGGCGGCACCGGAGAGGCGGCGAAGGCCGAGAAGCAGCCGAAGAAGCCCGCGGUGGAAAAGUACGACGGCCCGAAGAUGAAGCAGCUCUACUGGUCCAAGCUGGACAACGUCGAGGGCACGGUCUUCGCCGGCGGCGGCGGCGACGACGCCCACGACGCGUCCGUGCUCGGCGACCUCCUCGAGCACUUCGGGCCCCAGGCCGCGAAGGUCGUCGUCAGGGAGGCCAAGCCGAAGAAGCCCAAGGCCGUCCAGCUCCUGGACCCGAAGCGCGUCCAGAACCUGAAUAUUGUGUUGGCCCAGUUCAAGGAUUUGAAGUCGGCCGACGAGCUCGUGAGGGCGCUCGAGGACUGCGACGCCGCGCACCUCACGGCCGACAACUGCGCGGGCCUCGCGGAGCACUGCCCCGAGGCCGCGGAGUGCGAGGCCUGCGCGGCCUAUCUGGAAAGCGGCGGCGACCCGGCGCUCCUGGGCCGCGCGGACAAGUUCUGCGCGGCCGUCGCGCCGUUGCAGAAGACGCUCCGCGCGCGGCUCGACGCGAUCCGCGCGAAGCUCACCUACGACGAGGACGCGCAGGCCAUCCGCGACGACGCCAAGGUCCUGAGCUGGGCCGCGGAGCAGGCCAAGAGCUCGGACAAGCUCAAGCGCAUCAUGCUAUUGUUGCUGAAGCUCGGCAACGCUUUAAACCGCGGCACGGCGCGCGGCGGCGCGAGCGGCAUCAAGCUCGACGCGCUGCAGCAGAUGGGGCGCACGAAGACGAACGGGGGUAUCACGUUAUUGCGCUACGUCGUCGAGCGCGUCGAGCCCCGCGAGCCCGAGCUCCUCGAGCUCCGGCGCGACAUGCCGGACGUCGCGGCGGCGAAGCGGAAGAACCUCGACCAGAUGAAGCAGGACUUUGCCAAGAUCAAGGCUGCGGUGGCGAAGACGGGCGCGACGCUCAAGGUCGCGGCGAAGGCGGGCGACCAGAAGCUCCUGCGCGCCGUCGGGCCCUGGCACCGCGACGCGGCGCUCGACCUGGACGCGCUCGAGCGCGAGCUCGACGCCGCGCGGAGCGACGUCCACGACGCGCUCAAGUUCUUCGGCGAGGACCCGGCGGUCACGGACCUCGGCACCUUCUACGGCCUCCUCGAGGACUUCAUGAAGAGCCUCGAGGACACGCGCGCGGCCAUGGCCGCGGAGAAGCGGCGCCGGGAGCAGGAGGAGAAGAAGGCCAAGGAGAAGGCCUCCCGCAAGGCCGCGAAGCAGGCCAUGCACCAGGACCCGCACCGGCCGCUCUAA